AUGACUCAAAUGGUGCGCGAGUGCAAGUACCGCGUCUCUCUUCCAACCCUUCCGGACCCACCUGCAUUCCAUUGCCCAGCAAUACUGAUGAAACCUCACAAAGAAAAGGAUAAGCCUGAGUAUAGGAUGGUUCUUAACCUCAAAAACCUUAAUAAAUUAGUGCUGCCACGCUCCAAUUUCCCCCUGCCCCCGGCAGCCGAUAUUAUAGCAAAACUGAGCUUUAAAAAGCUAUUUAUUACCCUGGACCACACCCUUGGAUUCUACCAACUAGUCCUAGACGAGCGCAGUUCAAAACUAUGCUCAUUCCAUACUUCAGAGGCCCAAUACUUACUGUGUCGUCUCCCCAUGGGCAGUUCUAUGUCCGUCCAUGCGUACUGUUCCACUAUGGCCAAAUGCUAUGAAGGAAUCCUCCACCGAACUAUUUGGGGAUACGUGGAUGAUUUUUGGACAGCUUCAAAUACUUUUGAGGAGCUGGUUUUAGGCGUGCCCAACUGUGGUAAUCAGGUCUACACAGACUUGCUAAUCACUGGUAAUUCCUAG